AUGUAUGUUAUUGUCUACGUAGAUGAUAUUCUUUUGACAGGUCCUGAUGCUAGUUUGGUUGGUGAGAUUGUUCAUAAGCUGAAUAUUGAGUUUGCUUUGAAAACUUUGGGGUCACUCAAAUACUUCCUAGGUUUUGAGGUUCACCAAAAUGGUUUAGGUCUAUAUAUGAGUCAAGCUAAAUAUGCUAAAGAUCUCCUUGUUAAGACUGGGAUGAUGGAUUCCAAACCAUGUUCAACACCUAUGGCAGUUGGCAACAAAUUAACCUUUGAAGAUUGUGAUCUUUUUGACAAACUAGCUCUUUAUAGAAGCACCAUUGGAGUCCUUCAAUACCUCACAUUAUCUCAGCCUGAUAUAGCAUACUCUCAGCUAAGUGCAAAUUUCUUGCACAUUGAAGCUGAGUUGAAGUUUGUUUUCUAA